UCCGGCCUCCCUGGGCGACGCGAGUUCUGUUCCUUGUCGCUUUGAGUUUACACUGGUAAGUGUAAUUGACCCGAAAGUCUCCGAAGGGAAUUUGAAGGAAUGCGCGCGCUAGCGACAUGGAGAGAGAAGGCGUGCAGUCCACAGGUGUUGUCGCAGUUGUGACUGAACCUCAGUUUACCCAGCGAUACAGGGAAUAUCUCCAGAAGCAGAAACUCUUGGAUCGACAGCACCGCCUGGAGAAGAUGCCAGAUGGCACAGUGGCGCUGCCGGUGCUCGGGGAGGCCUUCCUCGAGCAGCACCUGCUGGAGCUGAGGAAUCACGUGGCCCCAGGCAGCACCUGUGUGCUAACUCAGCUACUGGAUCCUCUUCCUUCGAAGAAGGCCCAAAGCUGUUCACCUGCCCAAAGACUGUGUCUUGAGGUAAGGCGCUGGGUAGAGGGUCGAGGAGUAACGUGGUCAGCUGAAUUGGAAGCUGAUUUGCCCCGUUCUUGGCAACUGCAUGGUAACCUCUUAUUGCUGAGUGGAGACUGUUUCCAAGCUAAGCAGUGGGAAGAUAUGGAACCAGAACUCUGGGAGACCGUUGCCUUUGCACUUGGUGUCCAGCGUUUGGCAAAACGAGGGAGGGUGAUACCCAAUGGCUGUCGAACUCCAGCAGUGACUUUGCUGCUGGGCGACCAUGGCUGGGUAGAGCAUGUGGAUAAUGGCAUCCGAUAUAAGUUUGACGUGACUCAGUGCAUGUUCUCCUUCGGAAAUAUCACUGAGAAGCUGCGAGUGGCAUCGAUGUCCUGUGCUGGAGAAGUGCUGGUGGAUCUAUAUGCGGGAAUUGGUUAUUUUACAUUGCCUUUCCUAGUUCAUGCUGGUGCUGCCUUCGUCCAUGCAUGUGAGUGGAACCCCCAUGCUGUAGUUGCUCUGAGAUAUAACCUGAAGAUCAAUGGGGUAUCAGAUCGGUGCCAGAUACACGUUGGGGAUAAUAGGACACUGAAGCUCUCACACAUUGCAGAUAGAGUGAACCUGGGGCUCAUUCCCAGCUCUGAAGAAGGAUGGCCCAUUGCCUGCCAAGUACUACGACAGGAUGCUGGGGGCAUUUUGCAUAUCCACCAAAAUGUGGAAUCGUUCCCAGGAAAGAAUCUCCAGCCUCUUGGAAGCAGCAAAAUGGUGAAACAGCAUUAUUCUUAUCCUCAGAAAAUUACUACUAACAAAGAGGAAAAUGGAGCUACCAGGGAUUUUAGGAGGAAAAUGCUUUCACCAUCCAUCAAGCUAGAGUGGCAAAGGUGGGCCAAAUCUGCAGAAACUCGGAUUGCCACUCUUCUUCAGCAGGUUCAUGGGAAGCCAUGGAAGACACAAAUCCUACAUAUCCAACUAGUGAAAUCUUACGCUCCCCAUGUGGAUCAUAUAGUCUUGGAUCUGGAAUGCCGCCCCUGUCCUCUAAUUGGCUAGAGGAGAUAGAUCCAGUGACACAAGGAUGGGUUGAAGCCUUCCCCAUACAAACAAAAAGGCACAGAGAUAACCAAGGUGCUGAUAAGAGACAUCAUCCCAAGAUUUGGACUACCCCUGACCUCAGGAACAGACAGUGGACCAGCAUUCAUAGCAGUCCAGGAGCUCACACAGAUGUUAAGAGAUUAAAAUGAAAACAGCUUACUGACCACAGAGCUCAAGAAAGAUAAAAUGCAUGAACCAAACAAACAACUGCUGAAAACAUACUGUCAAGAAAGCCACUUGAGAUGACAUCCAGUCUUGCCCAUGGUCCUCCUCCAAGCCUGGCCUACUCCCACCAAACUGGGUAUUCCCCUUAUGAGAUUUUGUUCAGCCAGCCAUCCCCAAUCAUAAAUUAAAUUAAGAGUGAUCUUUAUAAACUAGGAAAACCAAAAAAACAGCAAAACAGACCAGACUUUGAAAAUGGCCGUGCAAGAUAUGUAUGGCUGGGUCAAAAAAAAAAAAAAA